ACCACUCUACUCAAGAUGUACAGUACCCACGGCUGGCUCUCGUCAUACCCUGCACGGCUCCUAUAUAAUCCUGGCAUAUCGCAGCGACAUGCACAGCAACAGCAAGCCCCACAGUCCUCGCUCUUCUCCACCUACGCUACGCGCCUUGGUGCCUUGCGAGACAUGGCCAAGAACGCGGUGCAAACCGUCAGGGCGGUGCUGUGCCUGGUGCUCGCUCUUGCUGUGGCGAACUGCGCAUUCGCUGGUCGUUUCCUCGACGACGAACAGGCUGCGGCUCCCCUGCCGGCUGACCCCCUGCCCGCCCCGACGGAUCCCCCGACAGACCCAGCCGUGGCGCCAGCGGGUGCGGGUGCGGGUGCCGCCGCGACGGGCAACGCAGGAGCCGCCAGCGACCACCCGCUGACGUUCUUCAUGCACGACAUCCUCGGCGGCUCGCAGCCGUCGGGGCGCAUCGUGACCGGCGUGGUGGCGAGCGCGGCAGCCAACGGGCAGCUCCCGUUCGCGCGCCCCAACACCAACAUCUUCCCGAUCCAGGGGGCGGUGCCGCUUCCGCAAGGCGCCAGCAGCCUCAUCAACGGCAACAACGCGCCCUACGUCGCGGGCCUCGGCGGCACGUCCUCCGCCGUCGUCCAGAACAACGGCAACCCCGCCAACGGAGGCAACAAGAACAUCCCCUUCGUCAACGCCGGCGACCUGCCGUCCGGCGCCACGCUCCAGAACCUCCUCUUCGGCACGACCACGGUCAUCGACGACGAGCUCACCGAGGGGCACGAGCUCGGCGCGGGGGUCGUCGGUAGGGCGCAGGGCUUCUACGUCGCCAGCUCGCAGGACGGCACCAGCAAGACCAUCGUGCUUACCGCCAUGUUCGAGGGCCCCGAGGCACCGCAUGGCGGCGACACGCUCAGCUUCUUCGGGGUCCACCGCAUGGCGGCGCCGGAGUCCCACAUCGCCGUCAUCGGAGGCACCGGCAAGUACGAGAACGCCAAGGGCUUCGCCGCCAUCCAGACGCUGCAUCCUGGCGACGAGCACACCACAGACGGCGUCGAGACUCUACUCCAGUUCAACGUUCACCUCAUAUAAGCCGCUCCAUUACCAUUAUUAUAUCGACCAUUCGCACUUCCAGCUUGUCCUUGCAGCAGUUUCGUGCAAGGGAUUUGCUAAAAAUUCAGGUGACUGAAUUUUAAUUUCCUUUCCGACGACAGUUAUUAUACAUAUUUUAUUCUAAUAAAACAAUAUAUCAACUCGUUACAAUUUA